UUUCGAAUAGAGGGCGCUUGAAGGUUGUAUCACGUGACUGAAUUUCAAGAUGGCAGCGACCAGGAGGUUGCAAAAGGAGCUGACAGACUUGCGCAAAGCAGGACUGUCAUGUUUUAGAGAUAUCAUUGUUGACGAGAAAAAUAUGUUACAAUGGCAAGGACUAAUCGUACCGGAAAGUGUUCCAUACGACAAAGGUGCAUUCCGUAUUACGAUUGAUUUUCCUGCAGAGUAUCCUUUCAAACCUCCCAAAGUGACGUUUAAGACCAAAAUCUACCAUCCAAAUAUAGAUGAAAAGGGGCAGGUAUGCCUUCCUAUAAUAAGUGCAGAAAACUGGAAACCUGCCACAAAGACAGAUCAAGUUAUUCAAGCCCUAGUGGCAUUAGUAAAUACCCCUGAACCAGAACAUCCUCUUAGAGCUGAUGUAGCAGAAGAAUACACAAAAGACAAAAAGAAAUUUUUAAAAAAUGCAGAAGAAUUUACAAGAAAGAACAGCGAGAAGAGACCUGUAGAUAAAUAGUGGACAGAUAUGUACCUGUGAUUUGCUAUCUAAGGAUUAUUUAACGUGGGGAGUUGUACUGUGUACUGAACUUUAAUUUAAUUCACAGAUAUGAUUAAAAAAGAUGUUGGUCUGAUCAUAAAAGAUGCUGGUCAAGCUUUGACCAACUUGCUUUUAGUGAGAUUUAUCAAUACUUAUGUUUUGUACUAGGGCCCAGCAGCAUUUUCCUAAGUGGGUGCUAGACAGAUGCAAUAUAUAUUAAUCAAGUAUUUAUAGAAGUGGUAGUGUUUUGAAAAAAUGAUUUAUAAUUGGAAAAUACACUAGAUUGAGAUCUUUCUUUUUCUCUUAUUUUAAAUUAAAUUGCAUCAGUAGGUGUAAGUGGAAGGGGAGUCUAUAGAAUUGUGAGGAGGACUCGGGGUACAUAUUUAUGUGCCAUAUAAAGAUGGAAAAAAGAUGUUGAUGCAGGUACAGCUGAUGCUUAAUAAGGAUAAAACAAUGGAAACUAUCGAAACUAAUUUGCCCUCUAUUUUAUGAUUUUAAAAUAUUUCAUAAUUUUGUUCACAUGCAGAACAUUUUGAGAGACGGAUUAUUUUCAGCUUACCGCACUGACUUAAUAAGUUAUACAGUUGUCACCCGUAACCAGUAUGUUCAGCAAAUUUAGAGAAUGUCAUUGAAAAAUCCAUUAUCAAAAGAAAAUAUUAAGUAACUAAGACUGAGGUUUUUAGGAACACGUACAGUGGCAUGAAGGUUUAUAAUGUAGUCUAAUGUAAGAUGUGCUAAUGUAUUUGCCAAUUAAUAUGUUCUGAGAUUGUAAAACAGUAACUUGAGUGGUAUUCAUUCUAAUUAAUGAACCAUGGGAAUGGUGAUGGUAUCUCUGACUGAGAAACAAGUUUUGUUGAAAAGAAUUAAAACUGUUGAUGUUUGGAUGUAAGCACAAGCACAGAAAUGCACAUAGAAACUUGUAUACACGUACAUGUAAGUCUUUUACCACAUUCAACUCGAGUACCCCCACAUGAUGGGCCAUAUCUGUUAUGUUCAUGAUAUUAAGCUUAGCACACUACUUAUGAAUUGAUCUGCCUACUAUUUUUAUGUGUUAGAAAGCUAGUAGGGAGUAGCACUAUGUAAGUAGUAUGGCAAAUACAUUUUAUAUUCAUGUUGUUUUUUAAUGUUUGAAAAUUUGCAGAUUCAAGAUGUCUAUGCACAACCUCUUGUUGAAAUAUUUGCAGUUAUAAGACUAGUCUAGGCAUGAUAAGCAAGCUACCAGAGCAGUUUACUCUCAUUAUUUUCAUUUGUGUUGUGCAAUCAUUGUUAUAUACUUAUUUGUUCACUUAAAACAAGGUACUGAAGAAAAAAAAAUAUUUCACUUUCUCCCCCCCCCUUCCUGCCCAUAGUCAGUGUAAUACUUGCAUUAACAAAGUGAUAAAUGUGCGAGGGGUUUACAUGUGAUGCCCAAAACUAGUUAUCUUUUACAUCAACACCAUGGCCAAUGUUGUUUAUAACAGAGAUUCUCUGGUUUGCAUUGGGGCAUCAAACAUACAUAUUUAAAUUUUAUUUCAAAAUCGGUUCUCUUGAAACAUUUUGACAAUUAAGAUGAAAUUCGUUUAGAGAGGCCCUUAGUAUAAUGUAGCAUUCAAAGCUUUGUUAUUUGGUUUGAUAUGUAAAUGCAUGGUGUAGUAGUCUUUUCUUGUUUGAGUGAAUAAAAUUUAAGUUCUGCAAUGUUAA